ACUGCAUUGCAAUCUCUCACCUUACACCUACCAAGAAAACAUGGGUCUCUUCCUACUCACAAUCUUGGGAAUACUGAGUAUGCUGAAAAUAAAUGCUAAAGGCAAUAUUCAUCCUGCAAAAAUUUGGGGGAAAGAUUUUGCAAUGGUGGGGGACGAAGUAGAAUUUGUUUGUAGCACCUACGGUUUGGAGAAGGAGAAUGAUAUCCUGAACAUCUACCUCUGCAAGAACGGGCUGGGAACCCAACAGCAGCUACAAAAAGACAAGUCCAAAACCAAGUUUUACAUUAACGAUGUGAAAAAAGAAGAUUCAGGCAACUAUAGCUGUGUUUACUCGAAGACGGAGUACAAACCGAGUGAUGUGAGAGGGAAAGGAGAUACCUCUGUCUUUCUCCAAGUGUCUGCUGGUUUCCUCCCUGCAGAUAUUGCUUUGAAAGAGACAUCAGUGAUGGAGGGAAAUGAUGUGGAAUUCACAUGUACAGUAUCAGGUUUCUGGAGAGCUGACAGCAGUGAUGUCUCCUAUACGUAUCUCUAUAAGGAUGGAACUGCUGUAAAAAUUGAAGUGUGGGACAGCAGAAUUCGUGAGGUCAUUUUUACCCUUUCAAAGGUACACGUGGGAGAUUCUGGCAGCUACAGCUGUGUUGUCAUUAGUUCAAAAUCUAUUUCCCGUAACAUGACAAAACCGCAAGGCAAUAAUGCCGUUGACCUUCAGGUACAUAGAAAAGAGACCAAAGAAAUCCCACAAGAAUUGAUCAUGGGUUUGUUCGGUCUGCUACUGCUAGUGUCAAUGCUACUGGGACUAUGGAGUUACAGGCAGAAUCACAAACAAGGUCAGAGGGGAGAAGCCAAUCUAAGUGGAGAAAAUUUGGAAUGUCACAAUGAACAAGCUGGUUCAGGACGUGUGCAACCAACAGUGAGAUGGAACUUAAUCAGAGAGGAUGCAACAUACAGUGCGGUUUUCUAUUAUGAGAUACAGGACAAAGACAGCAAAAUGUAGACUGAGUUGAGCAAUCCUCACCAGUGCAUAUGUAAGCCAAAGUGCAGAAGAGGAAAUCAGCAACAGCAAGUGACAAUCAAAGGCUUAUUACAAAAAGAGAAGCAUUGUAAAAUUAGCUUUGGCUAAUCAACCCAUAUUACAAUAUAUCAGAAUAUGUCUCUUGUACAGAUAAUCAAAUAUUUUACGUACUUGUCACUAUCAUGUAAUUACCAUGCUAUCCUUUCAACAGAUUGUUUUAAGAUGGUGGAGCAAGGGAUGUGUUGUUACAGAGUGGAGGAGGAGCCAUUUUAUAUUAUGCCUGACAUGACUAUCAGUGUUUUUAUUAUAUAUCGAAAUAAUGUGUGUAUUUUUGUUUGGCUUCUGGAACUUAUUUUCUAUGCUAAAUAUUUAUUCAGAAUAAAGCGCAUCAUCUUAGUCAUGCACUGUAAGGCAUGAAAUCCAAUGACAAUGAGUACAGGAGCACAAAAAAGUACAAUGAUAUCAAUACAUUAUUUUUAAUAAGGGAAAUUUUCAUUUUCAAAGGUCAAAGGACAGGAUGUGGCAGAGUGUAAAUUAAUUGGAAUUAUCAUAUAAUAACCAGAUGCAGAGGUGAAAUUAUAUUUAUGUUUUUAAUCAUAUAGUAAAAAAGAAUUCUCAAAAAGGUACACCCUCGAUCUGUACUUUUAUUAACUUUAAUUGUUGAAGUACAAAUCCAAGCAAAAAUGUUGAUUCAUUGUGACAUUGACAGGGAUUUAAAGAACUUUAUUUUUGCUUUUUGUUAAUCGCAAAUGCAACAUUGCUUUGCAUACCUUGUGAAAAUAAAUGAAUGGAGAGAUGAAUGUGAA